CGACGAUAGCGGCCAGAACUAACUGGGGGGUCGUCGUGGUUGGGGACGAAGAGACGUGAGAGGCGACAACACAACAGCGUGCUCACAAAUGGCCCUGCUUAGUCAGCACCCGACAACAAGCGCCGGCGAGUACCCGUCUCUGAAGCUGUGACCUUACCCAGGCUCUCCAUUCCUCUCAUCCCUUCACUCCCCUAUCCGACGUACUAAAACAUACGAUGGGCAGAUGGACUCUCGACCAUCAUGAUGAUGUUCUUCGCAGCAAACUGAAAAGUUUGGUAGCUGGAGCUUGCAAAAGAGCGCAGCUGGAAAAAGGAGAGCCGUCUAUAACCUAUGAAGCGUUCGUAGAGGAACUGGACGAGGGUGAUUCUUUCACCACGUCUCUGAUCGACGUUCUGGUCAAGGAAAUGGCAGAACGUCGCAUUCGUCCCAAUCCUAAUGACCGCCGUCUAAUAUCGGAGCGUACGGCAAAGACACUCCGCGCUCAAGCGGCACCUCUUCAUAUAUAUCGCGGACGCACUGCCCGGCUUCCUAACAGAAGAUUCAACGCUUCUGACUACCUUAGUGCACCUCCAGACGAGCUUGAGCUCUCUGCCUCAGAUGAGGACCUUGACACAUUUGCGCAAACCAGCAGCGGUUUGGAAGGCGUUCGGCUCAACUCUGAGCUCUAUGACGCUUUCUUACCAGUGUCUUAUCAUUCCAUGGAUGGGGGACUUGGUGGAAAUGGAGAGUCAAGCUCACAUGCAGCAGCGGGAUCGGCAAGCACGCCAGAGCUAGAUCGCGAAGGUGUGACAAGUCCUCGUCCUGUCUCUCCACCAUUCUCUGGCUUCCAAGCUCGUAACCAGGGAGGAUUCUGGGUCACCAGUUCUUCCUUCGGAUCCGGGGCUAAUACAACACGGCCACAGCGACGCCCUGUCCGUUCGCGAACGAUCGACUUUAACGAUUUUACCCUUCGUCGUCGGUCUACCAUGCGUCAGAGCUCGUCACAAAACUCAGACCACAAUGCAAGAAGUGAGGAUCCUGCUGAUGGUACGUGGCGAUUUGCACCCUUCCCUGGCAGAGGUGAGGACGAGUCUGCUACAACGCGGUCUACGUCGAGACGCUUUUUUGGGUCGAUAUCUGGACACCGCCGUCAUGAGGUCGGAAGCGGGGAGCCGUGGAGUUCGGAACCUCGCGAACCCUCACCUCUACCCAUCCCGCCGCCUCGCUCAGUCAGUGAGAAUGUAGAAUCCCACACCUCAACAGGACAGAGUUCCUCGCAAUUGUGGUUCUCCCUCACGAACCACAACAUGUCCAACCCGACUAUUAACAGUGUUCCAGCAAGUGGUACACCGACUGGCUCUGACCCUGGAGAUGAGAGACGCUUAGCGGUCGCGCCGCGCCUCCGUCGUGGUGGAAUUCGUGCGCCAGAAUCCUUAUUGUCUCGUUACGCUUCGCCCAGUUUAGAACGAGGUUCGUUACCUUCACCCCUAACAUCUGAACCUACGCAUUCGGACGCGGAGGUGGGCGAAAGUGGGACCGGGGAGAAUAGUCAAGCGGGCCGUCCCUCGUCGAAUUCGCCCACGCAGGAGUUGGAGCGUAAUUUGGAUGACUUUGUUUCAGGUUCGGAAGGUCAUGAGGUUUGGGCAGCGCAGGAAGCUAGGCAGUUGCUCACACCCAGAUCUGUUUCGCCUAUUGGAGGUUCUAUGGAUUAGCUGUUGAUCUAUAAGCUAUACGAUUGGUUGUGGACGUUGUUGAGUUGAUACCAUUUCGCCUAUGUAUUUUUCUCCCGUUGUAUGAAAAGGGCUUGUGUACUUCUAGACUGUUUGGAAAAUCUGUAUUCUACUGCGCUUGUUUGCAAAGUUGUUUUGUUUGAGUGGUGGCAUUUCA